GAGGAGCUGGAGGCAGGCAGGCAGGAAGGCAGGAAGGCAGGCGGCUCAUCGGUGGGAGCGAUGGUUCUUGUCGUGGGCUCGAGUCUUGGAUGAAAUAUGAAUAUAUGUUUUUUAAAAAGCCGCUUCAAGUAAAUAUAAGUUGGACUUGCUUUAUUUUUUUUCACCGGUGCCUAUUUUGCACAUCGGCAACUCUGUAGCCUUUUACUGGAACGUCGCAUGCACGGUGGAAGAACACCGACCUCCCUCGUUGACCGUCCCCGCCACCCGCACUCUUCUGACGGACUCAUCGGCAGCUUCACCCGGCGUUAGCUGGGAUGUGUGAGUGGCGCUCUUUGGUGGGCUGAAGGCACCGAGAGAGCGGCCCCGAGACACCGAAUCGAGGGGUGGUGGGGGGGGGGAGCCGAGAGCAUGGCUCUGGUACCGCUGUCUCUCUGGGUGCUAACUACUCUCACCUGGGCCAACCUGCUCCAGGUGUCCGCCAACCGGCACUCCAUAUACUGGAACAGCUCCAACAUCCAUCUCCGGCGUGAAGGCUACACCAUGCAGGUGAACGUCAACGACUACCUGGACAUCUACUGCCCGCACUACAACGACAGCCAGCGCAUGGUGGGCACCAGCGAGCAGUACGUCCUCUACAUGGUCAGUUACCGCGGCUACAGGAGCUGCGACCCCCAGAUGGGCUUCAAGAGGUGGGAGUGCAACCGACCCCACGCCCCCCACGCGCCCAUCAAGUUCUCCGAGAAGUUCCAACGCUACAGCGCCUUCUCGCUAGGCUACGAGUUCCACGUUGGACAGGAGUACUACUACAUCUCCACGCCCACCCAUCACCACGGCCGCAGCUGCCUGAGACUACGCGUGUACGUCUGCUGCUCCACAGCAGCGUCGGAUGUGGACGAUGGGGCGGAGCCAACGGAGGCAGACUACACGCUGACGCCAGGCCUCAACAUUGACGACGACGAUGAAUUUAACCCUUCUGUCCCCAAGCUGGAGAAGAGCGUGAGCGGAAGCAGCCCGAGUCGGGAUCGCCUGCUGCUCACCGUCACCAUGCUGCUGCUGGCCGCGCUCUUCGUCUCCUAGCAACGGCCAUCACAUCAGCAUCACCAUGCCGACUAGCCUUUUGGAGCGUGUAUGGUAUCAGCGGACGGGACAGUGAGGACGGUGUGUGUGUGUGUGUGUGUGUGUGUGUGUGUGUGCGUGUGUGUGUGUGUGUGUGUGUGUGUGUGUGUGUGUGUGUGUGUGUGUGUGAAUUGAAUCAUGCAAGCCACAUGAAGCAUUUAUAAAAGUGGCAACAUUAGACUGACGUUGUAGAAAAAGAAGAAAAAAAAAACCCACAUUCGACCCCCCCCCCCCACACGCAUUUUGAGGACUUUCUUCUGAAUCUGAUUGGCUGUUCCACUUCCUGCGGGCUGGUUGCCAUAGCAAACGGCGGGAACUCAAGUCAGCUGAAUGGAAUGGAUUUCUGCAGAAGUGAUUUUUCUUUUUUUUUUCCUUUGGGAGUUUAUUUGCGAGGAGAUGAGAAAGUUGAUUGACGCGACGCCAUGCGACACGAUGCGACGCGACACAACACGACGCCCGCCCACCCUGCUUUCAACUUCAAGCGUCCGUCUGCAGCACGUCCUUGAUGAAGUUUGAAGCCUUUCAAGCAUUUAAAUGAGCAAAACGGCCGUCGGCGAGCGAGGUUAACGACGCGCACCGCGGCUUCCCUUUUGCAUGUGCACACUCAGCAAUACCGCCCUCCUCGUGGAGCGCACUCCAGCGGGAGGACGAGGAGGCGAUGAAGGAGGCCCGCGGCGCCGCCGCCGCCGUGCUCCGCCAAUCUCAUCGUCCGUUUUUCUCUUGUGUCCGCUUGUGUGAGAGUGUGUGCGUGAGCGUGUUUAAAAAAGAUACCGACAGCCUGGAAACGUAGCAGGGGUGGGCAACCUGGGGCCCGGUGCUUCAAAUGCACACCACAUUUAAUCAUGUCGUCCUAUAUGCGGCUUACAAAUAUGUCAAUUUUAUCAGUAGCGCCCCCUACGUGUUGUGUUGGAAAAUCUUUGAAAGACAUCCUAGCAUACAGUUCAUGACAAUAAAAUCAUAUUCUAACGAGAAAAAAAGUAAAAAAAAGUUUUAUGAAAAUAAAGUCAAAAUAUUAUUGGAAUAAAAUUAAAAAUAGUGUUGGAAUAGUGGGAGCAUAACGUUGAAAUUUAGGUAUGGGAUAUUAUCUAGAAUAUUAUGAGAAUAAAGUCAAAAUAUUAUUGGAAUAAAGUUAUAAUUAUGAGAAGAAAAUUUAAAGCAGAAAUACUUGGGAACAUUUAAGAGAAUUUACCAGAAUAAAGUCAAAAUAUACAGAGAUAAAAGUCGUAUUCUAACAAGAAAAAAUGUUGCAAUUUUAUGAGAAUAUAGUCAAAAUAUUACAAGAAAAAUUUUGUAUUUUACAUGAAAAAAUUCAUGAGAAUUAAGUCCAAAUAUUAUGGGAAUAAAGUCAUAAUUAAUUGCAAGAAGACAAUUUACAAGACAGAAGUGGAAAUAGUUGGAAAAUACUUGAAUACUUUUUGGGAAUAAAGUCAAAAUAUACGAAACAAAAUACACAAAAAAUCAUAUGCUAACAGAAAAAAAAAGUUGCAAUUUUACGAGAAUUAUCUUCCAAGAAUAAAGUAAAAAUAUACAGAGAAAAAAAGUUAUAUUCUAAUGAGAAUUUUUAUUUUUUUUACAAAAAUAAAGUCAAAAUAUUAAGAAAAAGAGGAAAUGUAUGAGAAUCAAGUGAGAAUAUUACGGGAAUAAAUAAUUAUUAAUAAUUGCUAGAAAAUGUAUAAGUUGAAAUAGUUGAAAAAUACAAAAAAACAGAGGAAAAAUUACGAGAAUAAAAAUAUAUAAAUAUACAUAUAAAAAGUUUACAAGAAUAAACGUACGAUAAUAACAUCAACAUAUUAUGGCAAUAAAGUCCUAAUUGCAAGAAUAAGGUGAAAUAGUUGGAAAUUAAAACAAAAAAUAUAUAGCAAAAAUUGAAAAAAUUGUUGUAUUUUUACGAGAAGAAAUUCAAAAUGUGAAGAGAAAAAAAGGUCACAAUUUUACAAAAAUAAACUCAGAAUAUUAUAAGGAUAAAUAACGUCAUCUUAGUAGUAUUGCGCCAAUAUCACAAAUCUUCUCAUAUAAUCAACUCAUAUUGUAGCUUUUAGCAUAUUUCAUGUGAAAAAUGUACCAAAGUUUCCCCAAAGAAAGAAAAACAUCCCAUCAUGUCAAACACGAGGACGCCCAAUUUAAUAUUUCACUUUUUAAUGGUCGUCUGGAAGGACUUGACGUGGAAAAAUAUUGUAGCCAAAAGGUUCCCCACCCCUGCUUCGCAUCUUUCCAAUGAUAAAACGGCACCCAGCACCCAGCAUCCACCCACCACCACCACCCCCAACUACCGGUAACCCACCGAGGAGAGGUCAUGUCAAGCCAAAGGACACGCCGCCACUCCUGUAGCUGCUUAAAGCCGAGCGUUUCCAUGGCAACUAGCACCUUCUUUCACCGUGGUUUCCCCUGCCAGCCCGCCACGGACUCAAAACUUGGGAUGCUCUGAUUGCGGCACGUGAGGCGUUCGAGCGCCGGUGUAAAUCAGAGAGACUGUCAGACUGGACGGCGAAUGAACAUUUGGGUGUUUUCCGAUGUAAUGAAAGUGUUUGUUUGUUUUAUACAAACUUGAAUCUCAGUGUCCUUCAGUGUAGCUUUGGGUUUUUUUUCUAUUCCUUUGCUGUGAUGUGACUUUGUUAGUGGUGAUGAAAAACACGGAGCCAUGUUUCCACUUGGGCUGACUGCUUAGCAAACCUUGGAUAUCAUCUUCCUUUUGGAGCUUUUCUUUUUUGCAUCCGACUCCGAACUUCCUGUACAGUCACUGGGUUCCGUAGGCGGGAUUACAGUGGGACCUCUAAGGCCGAACGCAAUCCGUUUCAGGACAAAACUUGAUCUGGCAACAUUUACGUUUGGAAAAUACGGGAAAUUCCGGCCUUCCACCAGAAUGAUGCUUCUGAAUGAAAAAUGGGAAAUGAAAUUAUUAAAGGAAAAUAAUGAGUGCAAAAAAAUUUCCAUUAAAUUCAGAAAAAUGUCCAGCUAUCGCCAUAUUUACGGUAAAAAUGAUGGCGAUGUUGGCAACAGAAUUAUGCUUCUGAAUGAAAAAGGGAAAAUGAAAUUAUUAAAGAAAAUAAUGAGUGCAAAAAAAUAUCCAUUAAAUUCUGAAAAAUGUCCAGCUAUCGCCAUAAUUACAGUCAAAAUGAUGGCGAUGUUGGCAACAGAAUUAUGCUUCUGAAUGAAAAAGGGAAAAUGAAAUUAUUAAAGAAAAUAAUGAGUGCAAAAAAAUAUCCAUUAAAUUCUGAAAAAUGUCCAGCUAUCGCCAUAAUUACGGUAAAAAUGAUGGCGAUGUUGGCAACAGAAUUAUGCUUCUGAAUGAAAAAUGGCAAAUGAAAUUAUUAAAGGAAAAUAAUGAGUGCAAAAAAUUUUCCAUUAAAUUCUGAAAAAUGUCCAGCUAUCGCCAUAAUUACGGUCAAAAUGAUGGCGAUGUUGGCAACAGAAUUAUGCUUCUGAAUGAAAAAUGGAAAAUGAAAUUAUUAAAAGAAAUUAAUGAGUGCAAAAAAUUUUCCAUUAAAUUCAGAAAAAUGUCCAGCUAUCGCCAUAAUUACGGUCAAAAUGAUGGCGAUGUUGGCAACAGAAUUAUGCUUCUGAAUGAAAAAUGGAAAAUGAAAUUAUUAAAGGAAAAUAAUGAGUGCAAAAAAUUUUCCAUUAAAUUCUGAAAAAUGUCCAGCUAUCGCCAUAAUUACGGUCAAAAUGAUGGCGAUGUUGGCAACAGAAUUAUGCUUCUGAAUGAAAAAUGGGAAAUUAAAUUAUUAAAGGAAAAUAAUGAGUGCAAAAAAUUUUCCAUUAAAUUCAGAAAAAUGUCCAGCUAUCGCCAUAUUUACGGUAAAAAUGAUGGCGAUGUUGGCAACAGAAUUAUGCUUCUGAAUGAAAAAUGGGAAAUUAAAUUAUUAAAGGAAAAUAAUGAGUGCAAAAAAUUUUCCAUUAAAUUCUGAAAAAUGUCCAGCUAUCGCCAUAAUUACGGUCAAAAUGAUGGCGAUGUUGGCAACAGAAUUAUGCUUCUGAAUGAAAAAUGGAAAAUGAAAUUAUUAAAGGAAAAUAAUGAGUGCAAAAAAAUUUCCAUUAAAUUCUGAAAAAUGUCCAGCUAUCGCCAUAAUUACGGUAAAAAUGAUGGCGAUGUUGGCAACAGAAUUAUGCUUCUGAAUGAAAAAUGGAAAAUGAAAUUAUUAAAAGAAAUUAAUGAGUGCAAAAAAUUUUCCAUUAAAUUCAGAAAAAUGUCCAGCUAUCGCCAUAAUUACGGUCAAAAUGAUGGCGAUGUUGGCAACAGAAUGAUGCUUCUGAAUGAAAAAUGGAAAAUGAAAUUAUUAAAGGAAAAUAAUGAGUGCAAAAAAUUUUCCAUUAAAUUCUGAAAAAUGUCCAGCUAUCGCCAUAAUUACGGUAAAAAUGAUGGCGAUGUUGGCAACAGAAUUCUGAUCAUUAUCCUGGGAAAUUCUGGUCUUGGUCUCUGGAACAUAAGACUUUAUUUUGCAGAAAAUCUGAGAAAAUAUGGGAAAUUUUUCGGAAAAUAAUUUCCCCAUUUUCCACUCAUUACUUUCCCUUAAUAAUUGAAUUGUCCAUCAUAAUUUUUUUUUACCAUAAUUCUGAUAUUAUUUUCCCUUAAUGGUCAAAAUAAGGAAAAUUAAGAAACAUGAGGGAAAAUAUGGGAAAUUGCUGUUCAACAGAAAAUAAGGAAAAUUAUUCUUCCAGCGGGAAUUAUGGUUGAAAUUAACCACAAUUUCCCAUAUUUUCCGAAAAAUGUCCCUUAAUUCCUCGUUAAGGGAAUUUUUUCGGAAAUGAGGGAAACAUGGCAAAUUGUGAUUUAAUGGAAAAUAAUUGCUGAAUAUUUUUCCCAAUUUUUCUGAAAAUGCGGAAAAUUAUGGUUUUCCACCAGAAAUAUACUGUAGUUGAAAUCCUGAUGGAAAGAGCAAAUCUCCCUCAUUUCCCCGCAUUUACCUUUUAUUUCCUGGAAAAUGUCUGGUAUCCUUCCAAAUGUUGCCAGAUAUGUUGUUUUUUCCACGGAAGUAGUAAAAAUAUGGGAAACUUUUAUGGGAAAAUUUUCUCCCUGUAGGAAAUGAAUGUCAAACAAGCUUUAUCAGUUCCAGUGUCAAACUACGACCAUCACAAAGCCGUUAUUCACUCUACGGUUUUCAGUAACAUGUUGGUCUUUUUUCAAGACCCUCCAUUUAAAAAAAGCCAAAUAAAAAGCAAACCACGAGAAGUAGAAUGUGUUAUGAUAUGUCACUGAAAAGCCAAAUAAAAAGCAAAACGUGAAGUUGAUGCUGUAGACGCCACGGUGACAUCAUGAUUUCGCCGCCAGUCGUGCUUAGCAACCAGGACAGAGACUCAUGUUCCGUGCAUCCGGUUCUAUGGUUAUCAUCAUAUGACACAUGUAACUCCAUAAGCCUUUAUAAUGUGACUGAGCAUCCGGUUCUAUGGUUAUCAUCAUAUGACACAUGUAACUCCAUAAGCCUUUAUCAUGUGACUGAGCAUCUGGUUCUAUGGUUAUCAUCACAUUGCAUUGACUGUAUGACCUUGCGGUUGUUGUGAUGUAUUGUUUGUUAUAUUUGGAGGAGUACUUUUCAUAUUUUGUACUGCAACCUUUGAGGUUCCACUGUAUUUCCCAUUUGUUGGUAUUCUAAAUAAGGAUUCCGGAUUGAAGACUAAGCAUUUUUUUUUUUUUUUUACAUGAUAGUCUGCUUUUAGCUGUAAAAAAAAAAAAAAAAAAAAAAAAAGAAUGUGGCCUUUGCAAUCACCUUUGUAUAAAA